GUUAAAUUAAAUUAUUAAUUUGCAAAACGUAUUCCUCCAUAACAUAUUUUGUGAUGUCACAAAUGACAAUCAAAACAAUCAAAUGAGGAUAGAUUUCCGUCUAUCUUUUUAAUUGUACCGUUAGUGGUGGCGCUUUUAACACCCAUUCCAACUUCUAAGCCACAUACAUACAUACAGGACGGUGCAUACAAGCUGUUAACUUUGAUUCGUUAACAACCAAAAUAUUCUGAAGAAUGAAAAUAACUUUUAUUAUUUUUAUAGGAUUUUUUUCAAUUGGAUGUUUUGCACAGUAUCCAUAUCAACAGUUAAGACAGGAUCUUCUGAAAGAUUACGAUAAAUUUUCUCGACCCGUCCGUCAGCCAUCCACAGGAAUUACCAUAGAAACAUCUAUAACUCCUCUUUACAUUUCUGAUCUUAAUGAAGAUGAAUCGAAAUUAACAGUGGAAGGAUGGAUAAGUUUUAAAUGGAAAGACGAUAUUUUAAUGUGGGAUCCGAGUAAAUACUCCGGAAUAACCAGUAUUUCAAUACCUAAUUCAGAAGUAUGGAAACCGGAUUUAUCUGUAUAUAACAGCCAUCCGGCCAAACUUGUAGUGGAAACUUUAAAUGGAGAAACCAACAUGUUAAUUAGCAACGAUGGGACGGUUAUGUGGAUACCACCGAUCACAUUUUCUACGUUUUGUAUCAUCAACAGAUCAGGAAACGAUCAGAAAUGCAAUAUUACAAUAGGUUCCUGGACAGAAAACGUUAAUUAUAUAAAUUUGAAGUUAUCUAAAGAUAAAGUCGAUACUUCCCAUUUUUCCAAUACCAAUCCGAAAUGGGAAGUUGUGCGAUUCGAAGCAAUACGUCAAGAAAGAUUUUACGAGUGUUGUCCCGAAGCUUACGUCAGCAUUUCGUACAUCUUCGAACUGAGAAAAUGGCAUUCGAAAGCCGUUAAUGCUAAGGAAAUUAUGUGCGGAACCACUUUGAUCGCCAUCAUCCUCACCCUGGCUAUGUUUUGGUUACCAUCCGAUUCGGAGAAAAAAUUUACGUUGGGUGCUGUUUCCCUCCUCAUUCUAGCCAUGAUCUUGCUACUGGGUCAUCUCUCCAAACCUGGAUUAGAAGUAGCAGCCUCUUUCACCAGAAAUUCUUUGUUUAUAAUGGCGGCGGCCAUCUUAGUCGAGAUCGUCAUCGUAAACAUUUCCAGUAUGAAAACGGCUUGCAAGACUCCAAAGUUUCUUACUUCCGGUAUUAUCGGUCGAGUGUUAUUAUUAAAUUCAACCGAAUCUUCGAAUCAAUAUUCAGAUGCCGAGAAAAAUAGUAAAAUUACAAUACAAGCAAAUUUCACAGAUCAGAAGAGCGCUUGUCAAGGAUGGAGCAUCAUCGCUACUGCAUGCGAUCGAAUAUUUUUUUUCGUCUUUCUUCUCACUUUUAUCAUAGAAAGAAGCUUUUAAACAUAUAUACAUUAUAUGUUAUGUGCACUAUUAUAUAGUACAAGUCGACCCCCCUAUAACACUGUUGAUUUUUCCGUUUUAUAUGAAUUCCAUGUUAUACGAGUCACUUAGAUUUUACAAAUACGUGUGCCAGGGUGUGAA